CGGCGGAGCGGGGAGAGCUUGAGGGGAGGCGGCUGUGGGUGUGGCAGGUAGUGAGCGGUUGUAGCCGGCGGACACUCCGGACUGCUGAAGCAAAGAUGUCGAGGAAUUUCUCUGAUACAGGAAGCAAAAAAGAACAUGUCAAAAUCACAAGUGAGGCCAAGCCAGGGUUCCUGGAGAGGCUCAGCGAGACUUCUGGAGGCAUGCUCAUAGGACUUGGGACAUUUCUUCUGUCCUUCUACCUUCUUUUUACCAAUGAAGGACGAGCUUUGAGGACAGCUAAAUCUCUUGAUGAGGGACUUUCUCUUGUGAUCCCUCUUGACAGCAUUCACAGCGUGUCUCAACAGAACGAGGGGAGUCUGGUGCACUUAUCUGGUGCUCUGAGCACAGCAAAGCCUUUGUUUGAUCCCAGCUAUGGGCUGUCCGUCCAGGCUGUCAAGCUUAAGCGCAAAGUGGAAAUGUACCAGUGGGUAGAAUAUGAAGAUUCCAGGGAGUAUGAAGAAAACGGUGAGAUCAAGAAAGAGACAAAGUAUUCAUACAAUACUGAAUGGAAAUCCGAAGUUGUGAACAGCAGGAAUUUUGAUCGAGAAAUAGGACACAAAAAUCCUAGUGCGAUGGCUGUGGAGUCCUUUACUGCUGUUUCUCCUAAUGUCCAGGUUGGCAGCUUUGUCCUUUCCAAAGGUCUUGUGGAUAAGAUUGAUGACUUCAAGCAGCUCAGCUUGGCACACCUUGAGGAUCCACAUGCUGAUGUUACCCGGGGAGGAGAUUAUUUUUACCACAGCGAGAACCCCAGGCGUCCAGAAGUGGGAGACCUUCGUGUCUCAUUCUUCUACGCUGGUCUAAGUGGACAUGACCCCCACCUGGGCUCACCUGAUAAGGUGACUGUUAUUGCUCGGCAGAAAGGUGAUCAACUCGUUCCAUAUCACACCAAGUCUGGAGAUGUUCUCCAGAUGCUCUACUCUGGGGAUCUCUCUGUCGAGGAGGUGUUUCAGAAGGAGCAUGAGAGUAACACCAUGAAGACCUGGGCCCUCCGUGCAGCAGGCUGGCUGACAAUGUUUGUAGGCAUCAGCCUAAUGACCCGGAUUGUUUACACUUUGGUGGACUGGUUUCCUGUUGUUCGAGAUCUGGUUAACAUCGGAUUGAAAGCUUUUGCCUUUUGUGUGGCCAGCUCACUCUCACUUCUGACUAUCUCCAUUGGCUGGCUCUUCUACCGCCCUGUCUGGGCUUUGCUGAUUGGAUUGCUCUCUGUAGUUCCAAUUGUGGUCGCAAAAUCCCGUGUUCCACCAAAGAAACAUCAGUGAGAAAGAGGUACUCGGGUUCUGCACUAUAUCCUGGUUAGAAGCUUUUAAAGUGCAUUUCUGUUCUGGUUACAUUGUUUACGGUACAUUGUGCUUCAGCAGUGUGAGCCCAGAUUUAGAGAGGGGUUUGAGUGUGACUGUUGAUAAAUGUGUUGUCUGUGAAAAAGAUUACUGUAGAAUGCUGCUUGUAGAAAUUCACUGACACUGACUUCAGGAAAAAAUAACAAAAACAUUGGGGAGCAUCUGUAUCCAUUGUAAGUCAGUGUAAAAGUAGCAUUUAUCUUUCACCUCUUACUAAUUCACCCUGAUUUGAGAACAUUGGCAGGUGGGGCACCUCAUGUAUUAUGGACAAAGUGCCAGCUUCAACGCAUGGACUGAUGUGAAAUCCUUGGGAAAUAUGUGUGUUUACCUGCCUCUGACAGUCUCUCCUGCUACUUUUUCUCACUUGUACAAUCAUGUAUACUACGUUGGCUGAAAUAUUUCAAAGUGUUUCCAUUGUUAAAGGAAAAACCAACUUUUGAUACAAUACUUCAGUAACGUGGAUGCCUUUGAGCUGAGGAUUUUGAAAAUAACUUGGAAUCUCAAGUGGCCAGGUUAGCAGUGCUCUGAGGCAGGGAAGAUAUGUCAGAAAGCAAUGACUUUCCUCAACUUCUAAAAAGGUCUCUGAAGCUGUUCUUGGUUAAGCACCCAAAAUGGUGGAGUUCUAUAAAAACACUGAAUUGCCCUUAUUUAAGGAGAUACUCAGAGGUCACUCGCCUUUAAUUUUAAAAAUAAAACCUGCUGCCUUGAAGUACAAUUGAUUAACUUCUAUAUCUGAAUACAUAUUCUUUAAAAUAUUUGGUGUUUUGCUGUAUGUAGUUUGUUUUUUGAUUUUUGCUUAGUAACAACGAUGAAAAUUUUCCAUGAAAUUAAAUAAUGAACACAUUUUUGCCUGAUUAGAUUUCACAGACAUAGUAGCUUGAAUGUUGAGCUUUAAAUCAUGUUAAUACAGCUUCCUGUAGUGUUGCAAUGACUCAAGCUUACAGGUUUCUGCUGUAAAUAGCUCUUGAGUUGAGGUGAUCUUGUAGUGUUCUGAAGUCUCUCUAGAUAGCUAGUUUGGCUUCCAGAUGUGCCCUACCUACACGUUUUUCCUUCUGUAAGUACAGAUAAUUCAGUACAAAAAUAAUGUCUUCAGUGAAUACACUUUUUGAAGCAGAAUUACAACUGUAUUCCCCGUACCAAAGGAAAUUUGCUUCUAUGUAUGUUCAAGUUAAUGUUUCCUAAAAAUGUUACUGCAUUAGUGGUCAGGUUUAUAAAUCAUAAACAUUCUGAGAUGUAGUAAUUUAUAUUAUUAACUUUAAUUACCUUUAAUUCUUUUCAUUCUUGUGAUCUCAUGUUUUCAAUUUCACCAUUUCUACUGGUGAAAGCAGCAGUAGCAAGUGAAAGGCAGGGCAUGAAGCUGAUCUGUGUUAGAGACCUCAGGCAGUCUCUAUCUGCUGCUCUGUUUCUCCAUGCACUCCACUGGUGAGAAAAACAGAAGUUUUGAACAGCUGUUCUACCAAUGAUGCAGGAAAAUAACCAGCAUUACCAUAUUGGAGAUGAAGGUGCAAUUUUCUACAGAAGCGCUGAGCUUUUUUAUAUUUAAUAAAAUACAAUUUUCAGAA